UCCCCCCCCUUCUCUAAGAAAAGAUGUCUGUUUGCAGUUUGUGUUUUGGAUUCUUUGUUUUAUUCGCAUUAUUUCUUGAUCCUGCACCUGUGGCAACUGAUUCGGUUGAGGCAAAAGCCAACCAGUUUUUCAGAAGUGGACACACGAACAACUGGGCAGUUCUGGUUUGUACGUCCAGAUUCUGGUUCAACUAUCGCCAUGUGGCCAAUACUCUUUCUGUCUACCGGAGUGUCAAGCGCCUGGGGAUUCCUGACAGCCGUAUUGUGCUAAUGCUGGCAGAUGACAUGGCCUGUAACCAUAGAAACCCCAAGCCUGCUACAGUCUUCAGCCACAAAAACAUGGAGCUCAACGUGUACGGGGAUGACGUGGAAGUCGAUUACAGAGGAUACGAGGUUACUGUUGAGAAUUUCCUGCGUGUCUUAACUGGUCGGUUGCCUCCGAGUACCCCUCGGUCAAAACGCUUGCUUUCUGAUGACAGGAGUAACAUACUGAUUUAUUUAACUGGUCACGGAGGGAACGGCUUCUUGAAAUUCCAAGAUUCCGAAGAAAUCAGUAACGUGGAGCUGGCUGACGCGUUCGAGCAGAUGUGGCAGAAGAGGAGGUACAAUGAGCUGCUGUUCAUCAUUGACACUUGCCAGGGUGUCUCGAUGUAUGAGAGGUUCUAUUCUCCCAAUGUGAUGGCCCUGGCCAGCAGCCAAGUUGGAGAAGACUCCCUUUCACACCAGCCGGACCUGGCGAUUGGAGUCCACCUGAUGGACAGAUACACCUUUUAUCUCCUGGAGUUCCUGGAAGACAUUCACCCAGCCAGUCAGGCAAACAUGAACGAUCUGUUUAAAGUGUGUCCGAAGAGCCAGUGUGUCUCCACUCCUGGCCACAGACGGGACCUGUUCCAGAGGGACCCUGGCAGUGUUCUCAUCACAGACUUCUUCGGUAGUGUUCGCAAAGUGGAAAUCACAACGGAGACUGUGAGCUUGACUCCCAGCGUUCCCGAACAGCAGGACGAGCCUGCGACAAUCAUGACAUCAUCUGAGCCACAGACGUAUGUUCAACAGCUGCCUGUGGCUGAGAUUAUCCAUCAGAAACCCCGACAGAAGGAAUGGCACCCUCCUGAUGGAUUCAUCCUGGGCCUGUGGACAUUAAUUCUCCUUGUUUUCUUCAAAACCUAUGGGAUCAAACACCUGAAGCACAUAUUUUAAGACUGCUCUUGAGCGUCAAACUCUCUGGCACUGAUUUGUGAUUUUGGAAGUAGACUUCGUCGAUGUCACUGCGGGUGAAAAAUUAAACUUUUUCCUCCUUCCUGAGACGGAUCCCUGAAAAUCAGGAUCAGUGGAAUUUGCCAAAGGGAUCAAAUUGUUUAGCUAAAACAGCUCCAGUUGUAACACAUGAGCUACUACUGGUAAGAAUGAAACAGAAGGUUGUAUGAACUUGGGUAACUCACUUUGACAACUGCAUGACAGUGGGCAACACCAUGGCGCAGUGGUCAGCAUUGCAGCCCUGAGGCCCUGGGUUCGAUUCCUGGGGUGCUGUCUGCAUGGAGCUUGUAUUUUCUCCCUGUGUUUGUGUGGGAUUCCUCCGGGUGCUCCAGUUUCCUCCCAUAGGAUUGGUAGGUUAAUCUGCCUCUGGGAAAGCUGGCCCUGCUGUGAGUGUGUGCGUGUUUGUGUCUGUGUGCCCUGUGAUGGACUGGCAUCCUGUCCAGG